AUGAAGCUCCUCCCACCAGCCUCCACAGCAGCGCUUCUACUGGCCACCACCACCACCACAACCGCCUACGUCCUCCCCUCUUCCUCUCCUAACUCCGACCUUAUCCCACGAUACGUCUCGGGACUCGUCGCUCCCUCCAGCUACACCUACUCCUGGGCGAUCGACGGCUACCGUCUCGCGCUCAACACCACCGGCGCUCCCUCCUACCUCACCCGCUACACCGUUUCCAAAGAUGCGACUAGUACGACCCAGCAGCACGUCGACUCGUGCACUGCAUUUUGCGAGAAAACGGCUGGAUGUGCUAUGGCGAGUGUGAUCAAGUUUCUCAAUUUUGACGAGGGGACGGUGAUAUGUGCGGUGUACGGGACGGUGCUGCCGAAGACAGAGGCGAAAUACACCACGGGCUUAUUUAAUGGGAAGGGGGAGGUGAAGGCUAGUUAUAGUUUCGCGAGGAAUGCGGGGGCGGUGAAGGGUGCGGUCACGAGUAGCACGGUGAGGUCGGCAACGACGAGUUCCAGUGCGAUCGCAGCGCAGAGUUCGACGAAGAGUAGCUCUACGAUAAGCUCUCCUUCAACUGCAUCGACUCGAGGCACAAGCACCACUGCGUCGACCACCACAUCGACUCAAAGCACGACCACGACAUCCUCAGCAUCCACGUCCACAUCCAGCUCCUCAGCAUCUACUUCCACUUCCUCAGCAUCAACAUCCACCUCCCCAGCACCCGCACCCUCCUCCACCCCGAUCUACGACCAAUGGCAAUGGAUUGACGUCCCGGGCACCAGCUGCGCCGACGGCACCGCCACCGGCUUCGCGCUCUCGCUCCAUGCCAACUCCACCGAACUCGUCCUCUCCCUCCAACAAGGUGGAUCCUGCUACGACUACCAAACAUGCUACGUCGACAAGCGCGCCUACAACGUCGGUGGCUCCACAUCGCCCGCCUUCAACAACGCCACCUUCUACUCCCAAAACCAACCGUCUUCCCUCAAAGGCUGGUUCCCCUUCGCCCGGGGUAAUCAGUACAACCCCUGGGCCAACUCGAACUAUGCCUGGAUUCCGUACUGCACGGGCGAUUUCCACGCGGGGGACAACGUGGUGGAUUACAAUGGCAGGACGACGUAUCAUAAAGGAUGGGGGAAUGUCAAGUUGGACGUGGGUAAGGUGAAGGAGAUGGUUCCGGGGGUGAAGCGGGUAUGGUUGAUCGGGAGUAGUGCGGGAGGGUUUGGGAGCAUCCUACAAUACCAGAAUGUGCAGGACACGUUCGGGGUACGGGUGGACUUGCUCGUGGAUUCCGCCGAAACUCCGUUCUCCAUCCUCCGCCAUCCAAGCCAGAACAUCCAGCCACCCAACAAGGCUCGUUGUCCCAACUGCAACGACACCAACUUUGACUCGUACAUCGUCGGCCUCGCUCAGGCGAAUCCGACCGCAAGGUUUGGGAGUACGAGUUGGAGCAACGAUAGCACGAUUCCUGCCAACCAAGGUGUUAGCAGCCAGGACUUUGCAACCGAGGUGGAGAGGUUGUUCACGGAGGAGGAUGAGACGACGACGAAUGCGAGGAACUACAUGGUCGAGGGAAGCGGACAUAUUCUGUUGUAUACGACGCAGUAUAGUGCAAAGGAUGGGUAUACGAUGGCGAAUUGGUUGAACAAGUUCAAGACCGACGAUGCGGGGUGGAGUUCUCAUUGA